AUGGCGGCGCUGGGGGCGGCCCGGGACGCGGCCACGGCCACGGGUGGCGGCGCGGCGCCGUUCGCGUUGCGGCAUCUGCACCUAUCGCUGCGCGUGGGCUUCGCGGCCGCGGGUGCGGGGCGGCUGCGCGGGGCCGCGCGGUUGGAGCUGCGCUGCGUGCGCGCCGGGUGCCGGGAGCUGGUGUUGGACGCGCACCCCGCGCUGUCCGUGCUCGGAGCGCGGCUGCUGCCGCCCGGCGGGGCCGUGGAAGGGGAAGGAGAAGGGGAAGGGCGGGAGCUGUGCUUCGAGAGCCGCCCGUUCGCCAGCUAUGGCACCGCGCUGCACCUCGCGCUGCCCGAAGAGCCGCGGCCCGGGGAGCUGCUGGUCGUGCGGAUCGACUACGAGACGGGAGAGGGGCCCGGGGUGUCCUGGCUGGACUCCUCCCAAACGGCCCAGAAGGAGAAACCUUUCCUCUAUACCUCUGGCUUCCCUGUGCUCAACAGAUCCUUCUUCCCCGGCUUCCACACCCCUGCCACGAAGAGCACCUACACGGCCCGGCUCCAGGUUCCCGAGGGUUUCACGGCCGUGAUGAGCGCCACAACCUGGGAGAAGCAGAAAGAUAAUACCUUUGUCUUCAAGAUGGAGCACCCCAUCCCCUCGUACCUGAUUGCCCUGGCUGUGGGGGACAUUGUGUCUGCUGAGGUUGGCCCGAGGAGCCGAGUCUGGGCCGAGCCCUGCCUGAUCGAGGCUGCCAAGAAGGAGUACGAUGGGGUGAUCGAGGAGUUCCUGGCUGUGGGCGAGAAGCUCUUCGGGCCCUAUGUGUGGGGCAGGUACGACGUGCUGUUCAUGCCGCCCUCCUUCCCCUUCGGUGGGAUGGAGAACCCCUGCAUCACCUUCGUCACGCCCUGCCUGCUGGCCGGGGAUCGCUCCCUGGUGGACGUCAUCAUCCACGAGAUCUCCCACAGCUGGUUUGGCAACCUGGUCACCAACGCCACCUGGGGCGAGUUCUGGCUGAACGAGGGCUUCACCAUGUACGCCCAGAGGCGGAUUUCCACCGAGGUCUACGGUUCAGCCUACACCUGCCUGGAGGCUGCGACGGGCCGGGCUCUGCUGCGCCAGCACAUGGACACGACUGGGGAGGAGCACCCACUGAACAAACUGCGGGUGGUGAUUGAGCCAGGUGUCAACCCGGAUGACACGUACAACGAGACUCCCUAUGAGAAGGGGUUCUGCUUCGUCAGCUACCUGGCACACCUGGUGGGGGACCAGGGCAAGUUUGACACCUUCCUGCAGGCCUACGUGGAGCAGUUCAAGUUCCAGAGCAUCACUGCAGACGAUGCCCUCAAUUUCUUCCUGGAGUUCUUCCCCGACCUGAAGAAGCAAGGCGUGGAGUCUCGCCCAGGUCUGGAGUUCGAUCGCUGGCUCAACACGCCGGGCUGGCCGCCCUUCCUGCCCGACCUUUCCCCGGGGCAGCAGCUGAUGAAGCCGGCAGAUGAACUGGCAGAGCUGUGGGCAUCUGAUGGCCUGAACGUGGAGGAGAUUGAAGCCGUGGACAUCUCAGCCUGGAAGACGUACCAGCUGGUCUACUUCCUGGAUCGGAUCCUGCAGAAGUCGCCCCUGCCUGAUGGCAACGUGGAGAGGCUGAGCGCCACGUACCCAAAGAUCUCCAAGGCUCAGAACGCGGAGCUGCGGCUGCGCUGGUGCCAAAUCGUCCUCAGGAACAACCACGAGGCCGAGUACAGCAAGGUGAAGGCGUUCCUGCACAGCCAGGGGAAGCAGAAGUACACGCUGCCGCUGUACCGCGCCAUGUGGGGCGGCUCGGAGGCUGCCCGAGCGUUGGCCAUGGAGACCUUCUCAGCCACAGCCCCCCAGCUGCACAUCAACGUCCGCAACUACGUCAAGAAGAUCCUGGGCUUGGAGGGGAGCGACUGACUUCGCCCGCAGCCCCAUCCCUGCCCUCCUCCUGCAGGCUGCUGAGCUCUUACUGCACGUUUCCUUAUUAAACUCAGCUGUUUUUACCA